UAAUUGAUUUUCGAAAAUAAAAAUCUCGGAAAACCAGGUUUGGUAGAUAGAUACUCAAAUCAUCUAAUAGGGCAUAUUCUAUUUUGGUGAUGCUCGGAGUACUCUGCCGGCGCCUUCGACCUCCUUUUUCGCCGCCCCCUUUCUCCUACACUCACGGCGGCGGCGGCUGGACGGCGACUCACUUCGAUCGGCGCCUCCACUCAACAAUCCCUUUCCCGGCGGUGUCAAAGUGCAGGGCCGCCGCUUCGGUGUGGCACACGAUUCUCCCUUGCCGGAGGCGGCGGCGGCGGAACGCUGCGGUGCUGGGCCGCCACGAGAAUGAGGCGGUGGUGAAGAGGGGAGAGGGCUCGUGGAACGCCGCCUGGGAUUCGAGGCCUGCGCGGUGGCUCCACCACACGGACUCCGCUUGGUUCCUCUUCGGCGUCUGCGCUACCCUAGCCUCCGCCGCCGCCGCCGCUCCGGCGAUCGAUUCUCCUUGCGAUUCGAAUCCGGAGGUUUUGUCUUUGAAAACCGAUUCAUCUUCUAACUACAGAGUCAGGGGGGUUACAGCAGAUGGGAGAUGUUUGUUUAGAGCAAUUGCACACAUGGUUUGCUUGAGAAAUGGCGAAAAUGCCCCUGAUGAGAAUCACCAGAGAGAGCUUGCUGAUGAAUUAAGAGCUCAAGUGGUUGAAGAGAUGUUAAAGAGGCGAAAAGAAUUGGCAGGUUUUUUUCUCGAGGAAGAGUUUGACGGUUAUGUGGAAAAUAUUCGACAGCCUUAUGUUUGGGGUGGAGAGCACGAGUUGCUUAUGGCUUCACAUGUUCUUAGGACACCGAUAUCCGUGUUCGAGGAAAAGAGAGGCUCAAAUAGUUUAAUAAACAAAGCAAAUUACGGUGAAGAGUAUAAACGGGAUGGGGAGAAUGCCAUUAGUGUUUUGUUUCAUGACUACGGUCAUUAUGAAAUCUUAGAAGCCGUUUAAUUAAGAUUCUCUUGUUCGAUUUUUUUUGUUUAGAGACUUGAAUUUUGUUUAGUAGAAUGAAAGUUCGUUUCAAAUAGAGUCUUGGUAGUAGUAGUAUUAAUGAAAGAAUAUCGAUUUUGACAGAAGUUUUAGUUGUUUCAAUAUUUUAUGCAAAUUGGUCGUAUUCAUUUCGUUUUAUGCGAAAGGCGAUGCAAAUUGAAUUCAUAGGUUGGCUUUUGUUAUGCUAUUAAUUUUUUUUUUUUGAAGCAAGAUUGAGUUUUAUAAGGGUAGUAGGAACUAGGAACCAAUGCAUUAGUGAGUUUGCUGCAUUAUACAUUCUUGAAUCUUGUAUAUAUUUACAUAGUAAUUAGUUGCUUUUA